UCUGUGGUCGAGAAUCGAGUUGACGUUCCGUUGAGUGGGGAGAAAUCGACAGUUCAUAUUCUCGAGCAGGCAACAUCUUUAUCCACUGAAUCGUCGUGUGCAUUCGCUUCCUGCGAUGGUGUAGCCGAUUCAGUAGAUCUUGUCUCUCAGCGACGCCCUCGAACUUUUAUCCGUCGAGACCAGCCCGCUAUCGUUGACCAAUAUGUCUGUAUACCUUCUGGCUGGACAUUUGUUGCCGCCUUUUUGGCCAUCGCGCAUCCUGAACCUGUGAGUCAGUGUUCUGGGUCGAUACGUGAAGUUUCUUGUAUAGAAGGGGGCAGGUGAAAGUCCCAUCAUAUUCGUGGCGUCACCCUAUUAGACGAACACGUCCAGACGAUCUCCAUCGUUUGGUAGUCGUCCAGUCCCUAUCUCGAGUUGACUCAGUUUUAAGGAGCCCACGAGGCACCGUUCGAGCCAUCCGUUCUGUCGUUUCGAGGGCUCAGCCCCUCCAAUGUGGCUCAUCCAUCUCUGGGAGACUACCGUCUAUGUUUCUUUCCGAAGCGUUCCUAGUGCUUCUCAGGCCUGGCUUACCCUGCACGCCUCUGCCUCCACAUCCACGAGCCCAAGCAAUCCACUCUGAUCAUUGCAUACUUGCUGCCUUUACAAUCGCAUCCUCAUCUCGUCCGUGUCUCUCUUGCACGAUAUUCUUCUCCGCACAACUGGACUUUGAAACCGAUGCGUCCUACUCGGUACGCAGCUGCCUCUAUGUUCACCGUUCGGAACCAUGAACGGUUCCACGAUGUACAUCACUUGGUCACAUCGUCGAUCGCAGCCACCGGCAGGGGGUUUUCAUCAACCUCGACACUGGCGAAGAGUCCCACCAGACUACCCCAUCUCCUACCUCACGUCUCUAUCCCCUUAUGUCAAUACUCGCGUCGGGCGCGAAGGGUUGAGAAAAGACGAGGGUCGUUCGCGUCGAAGAGGGCUGUCGUUUGUGUCGAAGUCACAGCCUCAGCCGCCUCUCGCCUCUCUACUCCAUGCCCUAAACCAGAUCCAAGGGAUAGACCGUUGUUGCUCAUAGUUCUCUAGAUUCGUGCUCAAGCCUAUAAAGCGGCGAAGAGUUUGGAGCCGUGCGCCACCUCACGCACAAGUUUGGAGUCAUAGACGAGGAGAUUAUGAGGCUCAUGUUCUCUAGUCGGGCCAUGUAGCGGUCGCGAAUGAAUCUAUCCAUUACCUUUCUUCUUUUUCUUCUGCCUCUACGA